AUGGGUAUCAUUUCUCGUUGGCGAGCCUCUGCGGAUAGAUGGUAUCUCUACGUGAUGCUUUUUUACUCAUUUGUAGCAUACUCUGGAAUUCUAGUACUUGAUCGAUUCCACCUCCGCCUAACUGACGAUACUUCCUUCAAGAGCAUAUCGCCGUUCUUUGGCCCUGGGGUUUACCUGGCAUGGUGGUUCACGGCCUCGUCUGUUCUGAUGAGAUGCCCCGUGGAAGAGCCCGCGAGUGGCAUUACUGAAUCCGAUCAAAAUCUCUCCAGUCAAGCCGCAACCGAUCAAAAUCUCGGCAUGAAAUAUGGAGCGGACCUUAUUUCUGCAACCUACUACGUUGCGGGUGUGGCCAUAUGGUCCAUUUACCAAAUUUUUCACAAAAAUCAUGCUGAGCUAGCAGCUAGCUUGGUAGUGCUGGAGGUGGGAGCCGACUUCUGCACAGUCCAUAUUUUAACCAUUAAAGCCACAGCAUUUUCUAGGAACGUCGCAUUAGGUCUGCUUAUCUAUAGUAUUCAGGCUCACCAAGCUUUCCUCUCUCCAAACCACGCACUGGCAGCCGGUGUCAAUGCUUGCGUGUUUGUGGGCUUUAACUCGCUCUGGGUUUGCGACAAAUGGCCGCUCAAGUCGACACCUCGGAGGUUGCUGACGGGUUUUAUACUCGGGGUGCUAUGGAUUUUCAACUUUGCCGACUUUGGCACAUACGCUACCAUGCCGCGCACGGAGGUCGAGUUCGUCAGUCUGGAUCAAUUGGUACCAUUAUCUGGUGCAAUUCUGGCCAUCACAUGGUCCUGGAGAACCGAAUUAAAGACUUUCUGGAAUAAGCGUAUCAGAUCCCUUCGGGAGUCUCUUGGCCAACUUGGGCAGACUUUGCAGGCAUGGAACCCCAAUUUGGACAGGUUUUUGCGGAAGACUACCGACAAAAUCCAGCAGAUUUUCCAACGGGAAAAUGAAUCCGGUACGCUGUGA